CUUCAUACUACCAGUUGCGCCAUCCAGGAGCAGAGCUCUGAGACCUGUGUGCAGUCAUGUCAAUUAUCGCAACCUUCUACGAGGGCAAGUCCAUCCUCAUCACUGGGGCCACCGGCUUCCUGGGAAAGGUGCUUCUGGAAAAGCUUCUGCGCACAAGCCCCGACUUUAGGGUCAUCUACAUCCUGGUGAGGCCCAAGGCUGGGCAGACACCACAGCAGAGGGUGGACCAAAUGCUCAGCUGCAAGCUGUUUGAUAAAGUCAGAGAAGCAUGUCCAAAUGUGUGUGAGAAGAUUCGAGCCAUCUAUGCUGAUCUCAACCAUCAAGACCUGGACAUUAGCAAGGAGGACAUGCAGGAACUGCUGGAGAGCACCAACAUCGUCUUCCACUGUGCUGCCACUGUACAAUUCAAUGAGUCCCUGAGAAAAGCUGUGCAGCUUAACGUCAUAGCUACACAGAAGCUCCUGCACAUGGCCAACCAGAUGCCCAGUUUGGAAGCCUUUGUCCACAUCUCCACAGCCUAUUCCAACUGCAACCUCAAGUUCAUCGAUGAAGUGGUGUACCCAUGUCCUGUGGAGCCCAGGCAAAUUAUCACCUCUCUGGAGUGGUUAGAUGAUGCCAUUAUUGAUGAAAUCACCCCCAAGCUGCUUGGGGACCGGCCCAACACCUACACCUAUACCAAGGCUCUAGCAGAGAUGCUGGUGCAGACAGAGGGUCGGAACCUCAACAUGGCCAUUGUCAGGCCCUCCAUCGUGGGCGCCACUUGGCAAGAACCUUUCCCAGGUUGGGUGGAUAACAUGAAUGGACCCAAUGGACUCAUUGUUACGAUUGGGAAAGGGCUGGUCCGCUCCAUGAACCUUUCUCCAAGGGCUGUGGCAGAUAUAAUCCCAGUGGACAUCGUGGCCAACCUCAUUUUGUCUGUUGGCUGGUACACAGCAGUGCAUAGACCAAAAUCAACAAGAAUCUACCAUUGUACUUCAGGUACCAUCAACCCCUGUAAAUGGGGCGAACUGGUUAAGAAUUUCAUGGUCACCUUAGAGAAAAUCCCUCUGGAGCGACCUUUAAGGAUACCCAAAACCAUCUUUGCCAUCAGAAAUUUGUUCGAGGAGUGCUGGGAUGCUAUUAACCACUUCGGCCCAGCAAUCAUUUUUGAUCUGUUUCGUCGGCUCACAGGCAGGAAGCCAAGAUUUCUGAAUCUCAUGAACCGCAUUCUGAAAGCAAAUGCCAUGCUGGAGUACUUUACAGCUCAAAGCUGGGAGUGGAGCAUGAACAACACGGAGAUGCUCAUGGCAGAGCUGGGACCCAAGGACCAACAAAUGUUUAAUUUUGAUGUGCAACAUCUUAACUGGAAGGAAUAUGUUGAAAACUACGUUCUUGGAGUGAAGAAAUACUUACUGAAAGAGGAUAUAUCUGAAAUCCCCAAAGUCAAGAAACACUUGAAAAAACUCCGGAACAUAGAGUACCUCUUCAACACCGUCCUCAUCCUCCUGAUCUCAUACCUUCUUAUCACACGCUCCCAGGUAGCACAAAAUACCUGUUUCUUCCUUGUGAACUUUGGCUACAAGCUCCUCACCUACUUACGGGAAUAUUCUUCACUCAAGUUCUAA